UUUCAGUUAAGUGACAUAGCAGAAUUUUCGGAUGGUCCAAAGGGCAGCGAAAGUCAUGCUAACACUGUGAUGACUCAAGCAAAAAGUUUCUUUAAUGGACUUGGACGACCACGCAACACAUUCAGACCCAAGGUCUUAGCGUGGGUGUUCCGUAAUGACAAAUGGUUUGUUGGCUCAUCAGUGGCAGUGUCUCACUUCUUAAGGCCUCUCUAUUUGUACAAUCGAAUUUGUGGUUUUAAAAAGAGCCUCAAGGAAGCAGUUGUGUACUUUCAGCCUCUAGAAACUGGAGAUGAAGUCGACUGGAAUUCCUUAGCAUUUUGGUUUGGGCAUGAUUAUGAAACCGAAAAGUCUCCUUGUCAAAACUGCAGGUUUAUGUUCCAGAACUUAUCGGGUUUCCUACGAGGGAGAGAUAAUCCGGGAGAUGAAGAUGAUAGGGAAUUAUUUUUGGCGGCAUGUGGUGAAUAUCCUCCUACAAGCCUGUGUCUCCCAGAUGAUGCAGCGUCUGAUAACGAUGCGGUGAAUGAUAGCCUUACAAAAUUCCGGGAUAAAUGUGCAUCAUAUUUUGAAAACUUUCAUGAUGGUAUUUUUAAUUGCUUCUCGGCUUAUGAAUCUGAAGAGGAUGAACGUCGGAGAGCCGAAAUUCUAAGAGAUGUGUAUAACACAUAUGUAAGAGAUACAAUGCACAUUUUUGGAAUAAAACCAGAAUGUAAUGGUAGUUUGAGACCAUAA